AUGAGUGAAAAAGAGGAGGAUGAAUGGAGUGUGGAUGAACUCAUUGAAGAAAAACAUCCAAAAGCGGAAAAAUCAGUGAAAACAAUGUCGAAAUUAUUCUUUAUGGUUCUUUCAUUCUAUACGUUGUCAAUAGGACUUACUUUUUAUCAAAAAAGGUUCAUCAAGACGUAUAAACUGCCGCUGCUAGUUGUAACAUGUCAUUAUGUGAUCAAAUAUGCCAUAGCAUUCUUCUCGCGUUGUUUAUUGGAGUAUAGAAAUGGUAAACGAGUACGGAUCGCUCUAAAGGAUCAGUUGAAAUGGCUGGUACCGAUCGGUGUUUGUGCUUCGUUUGAUAUUGGUUUAUCAAAUUGGGCACUUGAAUAUGUAACGGUGAGUUUAUAUACGAUGGCUAAAUCGAGUAGUAUAUUGUUCAUUGUCGCUUUUGCGCUCUUUUUACGUCUGGAACGAUGGCGGACAAGUCUUGGUAUAGCUGCCGUUCUGAUUGCAUCGGGUCUUUUUCUUUUCACGUGGAGAUCAGCUGAACUGGAUGUUCGAGGUUUAUUACUGGUUGAAUUGGCUGCUGCGUGUACAGGUGUCCGAUGGACUGUGUCACAGUUUGUGAUGCAGAGUGAACAGAAGUGUUCAUUGAAACAUCCGUUGGACAUGGUUACGCACGUACAGCCUUGGAUGAUUGUUGCCAUACUUCCGCUUGUUUUUCUCUUUGAAGGUUCCGAGCUGUCGUUUGAAAAAGUUUUUUUCUAUGGUACGAUGUUUGCACCAUUUCAAAUUCUGCUGCUUAUUUUGUUCGGUGGAUUUCUCGCUUUUGCACUGGAAAUAGCCGAAUAUCUUUUAUUGCUUCAUACUUCUGGAAUUACUCUAAAUAUAUUUGGGAUCAUAAAGGAGGUUAUUACGCUGUCGUUGGCUCAUUUCGUCAACGGGGACCGUCUUACGCCAGUAAAUGUAUUGGGUCUAUUGUUAUGUUUCUCAGGAAUGGCUUUACAUGCUUUAUCAAAGCAUCGCAAGCAGACAUCACGAACUGUCAGCAUUGCGCCUACGAUCAGUGAAUCGAAUGAUACCAAAUAUCUUUUGAAUGAUAGUGACACGUGA